AUGGAUGAAUCUUUAAAGUGUGAUCUUUUCAAAGAUUUAUUUAUCAUUUUGGAAGCGUCGUCUUCCAAAUGCAAAGUUCUAGAUGAAAAGUUUCCAGCUGAAUUUUUUGAAUCUAAUCCUAAGAUGAUAUAUGAGUCGUAUAUCAAGUUUCUAGAAGAUAAGAGUGAAGGCGGGAGUGUGAAUUUGGAGGAGGAGGGUAAAUUGCAGUUGACUACAAUACGUGAGAGGUUUGAAACGGGCAAAUAUUCUCAGAGUAAGGAUGACAUUUAUAGAUUAUACCAUGAUAUCCGGUUGGUGAGUAUUAUGUUGAUCCAGUAUUAUUCGCCAGGGACGAGGAGUUAUCAAAUGGUGGACAAGUUUUAUAAAUUUGCCACUGAGUUAUUGUUACGUGAGUGCUAUAAGUAUGGGGUUACGUUGCUUCAUAGUGAACCAAGUGUAAAGAACAAGGAGGAUACAGAAUUUUUUGAUAUUAUUUCAAAAGAUUUUAUCAAAAUCUCGUCGAGUUAUACACUUCCGAUUGUAGAGUCUUACCAUAUCACAACGAAAUUUGGGGAUUUGUUUUCCUCUACAAUAUCUAGUUCGCAGUUAGAUCAGCGGCCGCCAGAUCUUCCUAAUAGUAAUUUUGAAGUGACUAAAAUUAUUCCGCAGACAGGCUCUCGUUUGAGUAACAAGUUAGGGUUUAUCGCAGCAAACACCAGUAACAUUCCAGAUCCAACUUUACCUCCUACGGAGAUGAUGACUAAAUUCUUGCAUCCCAAUUGGUAUGCAUUACCAACAACUCUUUGGUUGAAGUAUGGUGGUUAUGAAUCGUUUGCCCCGACCAUUACGGAGAACGGUUCAGUUGUGGAUUCUUCUCGGAUUGGUGAUAUCUGGUUGGAAAAAUCAGGAUAUCUAGAAUUGUGGAAGUUAAACUCCUCUGGAGAUGAAGAGAACGAAGAAAUACUCAACGCUGAGAAGAAUGCCCAGCAGGAGAGUGAACACUCAACUGAAAUGCGAAGGGUAAAUGGCGAUUCUCUUGAGCAGCCAAAGACUAAUGGCAUUCAGUUUAUUGAGGAAAAGCCAAUGUUGCCCUCUUCUCCUAAACCUGUUAAUAUUAAUUUAGAAAGCCUCUACAAAUGGACCCCUGCUGAUGAGAUAGAUGAUGAUGAAAUACAGGCAUUCCGCGAUAAUACUCAACACAAGUUGAUUUCAAAAACGUUGGUACAACUCCAAGAAAUGAAACGUAAGAGGAUUCAGGUUGGGAAAGUUUCAAAGCCUACAUCUCAAGAAACGAGGUUGUAUUUUAAAGCUCAGAGAAUGUUGAAGGAGGUGAUCCUUUCUAAACAAGUGCGGAAAGUCCCAAAAAUGCAUAUUAGAGAGUUUCCAGUUCUGCAAGCUAAUUAUGCAGGUAGUAUACCCGUAGUAAGAACGUAUCCGAACAGAAAGAAGAAAUACAAGAAGUAA